UCCGAGUGUGUCUAGAUGCAAGAUAUUCCCACUAAAGCAAAGAAUCUAAACGCUUUCCCAACCUUGAUUUUCACUCCUGUUUUACCAAAAAACACAGUUCUCGAAUCUUCAAAAAGGAUCUGUCUUCUUACAAAGUUCAACUUCUCCUUCACACUCCACAACACAGUUCAGACUUCAUAGCUUCACACCAAAGUUGAAGUGCAAUGUGGCAAGGACAGAAAGCUAUGGUAUUUUGCUUUCUGUAGAGGUCUUGUACCAUUUAAGAAGUUGUUUCUUGGGCAUGGGGAAUUGUGUUUGAUAGUGAUGAAAGAGCUGUCUGCAAGCCCCAGCAACAGCGAAGUGCAUGCUUUGAAAGCCAAGGGAAAAGACUUGCACUCCUCCUUUACUUUUUGUACAGAGCAGUGAUUUUCAAGGCAAUGUUUGUCGAGUCCAGAGACAAUGGAAACUAAUGGUAGCAGUUCUAAUUCCAAUGAAAGCCAACCUUCAGGAGGAUCAAAUAAUUCUAGCACAGAGAAGCCUAAUGAGAAAGAAAUCUUUGUUAACCACGCUGAGAUAGCUUGGCAUGAGAAAAGAAGAGAAUGGGUUGGGGACCAAUCUCAAAGAUCAAGAAGAACGCCUAGAGAACCAAUAAUGAGCUGGACCACUACAUACGAGGAUCUGCUUUUAUCUACUGAACCUUUUCAGCAGCCAAUACCGUUAGCUGAGAUGGUUGAUUUUUUAGUUGACAUCUGGAAUGAGGAAGGCCUUUAUGACUAAGUUAUUGGAACCUUCUAGUGUUCUUAAGAAUUUUGCACAGUUUUAUUUGUGCGGAUUGAUGAUGAAGCAACCCAUAGGCUAUACAAUUUUUUAUCCCUCAAAUUGAUCUAAUGGUGGUACAGUUGGUUUGCCUGUUCUCAGUUUACACUUUACAUAAGUCAUGCACAGAUAAUUUGGUUUCAGAUGCCAGGUAACAAUUAGAAAAUUAUAGUCUUAGUUUGGUUCCUGUCAACAGCUAAACAUUUGUGUAGUUAACUAAUCAGUUCUGAAGUAAGAUUGCUUCUAAUUUUGGGAAAAUACAUCUCUUGCUUUCAUUGAAAUUCUUUCUUUCUGCAAUGGCAACUGGAGGUGCUCAGAUUAUUCUUUUUUAUGUGUAUUAUAUUCCUCCAAAAGUUCAUUAGAA